CGCUUCCCGGACGCCUCGCCGCCGCCGUUCUUUCCACCCCACGGUUGGGAGGCCACUAACAAGGGACGGGGGCAGAGCCCGGACAGUCCCCAGCCCCGGGGUCCCCGAGAGCGGGCCCAGGGCCUGCAAGGGGCUCUUCUCCUUCCCAGGCUCUGUGCCCUGCGCUUCUAGCAAGCCUCAUCUCGCUUCUGUGGCCCGAGGAUGGGGGUGCUCAGGGAGGGAUUGUGCCCAGGCCUCACCCAGGAGAUGAUCCAGCUGCUGAAAGGCAUUGGCAUCAAGACAGUGGUGGACUUUGUCUCUGCAGACCUGGAAGAGGUGUCUCAGAAAUGUUCCUUGUCUUAUAAGGCUUUGGUCGCUGUGAGGCGGGUCUUGCUGGCUCAGUUUUCAUCUUUCCCCUUCAAUGGUGCCGAUCUCUAUGAAGAGCUCAAGACCACCACCGCUAUUUUGGCCACAGGCAUCGCAAGCCUGGAUAAGUUGCUGGACUCUGGCCUCUACACGGGAGAAGUCACAGAAAUCACCGGAGCACCGGCCAGUGGAAAAACCCAGGUGUGCCUCUGCACAGCUGCCAAUGUGGCCUACAGCCUGGGUCAGAACGUCCUGUAUAUCGACUCCACGGGAGGCCUGACAGCCUCUCGCCUCCUCCAGCUGCUUCAGGCCAGGACUGAGGAUGAAGAAGAGCAGGCAGGGGCUCUGCAGAGGAUCCAUGUGAUACGCGUGUUUGACAUCUUCCAAAUGCUGGACACAUUACAGGACCUCCGGAGCAGUAUCUCCCAGCAGGUGACCAGUGCUUUGGGGCCUGUAAAGAUAGUGGUGGUGGAUUCCGUCUCUGCAGUCAUCUCCCCUCUCCUGGGGGGCCAGCAUAGUGAGGGCCACAGGAAUCCAGGAGGUGGUAGAAAUCGGAAGCUGUGGGACCCCAGCACAGAGUUCCCCAUUAGAAGGGAACAAGCCAUGACCAUACCACUUCUUUGGAACAUGAGGAGGGCUGGAAGGCAUCUGAUUCCCAGAAAGGAAACUGCAGCGUUAAAGAAAACAGAGAAGGCAUGGGAUGGUCUGGAUAGAGUGUUGGGCCCAGGGUCCCAGGAAGGAAGACCUGAGUUCAAAUCUUGCUUCUGCUACUAUGAACAUGGACAAGAGGCUUCACCUCUCCGUGCCUCAGCUUCUUCAUUUGUAAAAUGACAAGGUUGGAUUGGAUGAUCUCUGAGGUCCCUUCCAAUUCUAAAUCCAUGGUCCGUGCCCCAUGUAACCUCUGGAGUUAAAGGUGGCCCAGCAUGAGGGACCCAAGAGUAUAAACCUCACCCUUGGCUGGGUGAGCCUGACUUGUCCCUGGCUGCAGUGCGACUUCAGUAUCAUUCCUCAUAAGAAAUCACUUAGAACCACAGGAGAUGAUCUGAAGCUGGUAUCUGAGCCUCCCUUCUGUCUCUGAGGGCCAUUGGCUGAAAUGAGCUCAUCUUUUGGCAUCCUCAGAUAGGUGAACCAACAAGUUGGAUACGUGAAUCUUGCCACCCUGGGUCGUGAUCAAUUGUUCAUAUCCCAAGUCAGCUCCACCGUGCCUCAGUUCCCCUGAACUGUAAACCAGGGCUGGCACAUCACCUGGGGAGGAGUUGCUUCUAAAUGCUACGGGUCGAAAUGAAUCCUUCCCUUUGUCCCUGGCCUCAAGUAACAAGAAGGAAAUCUAGUAAGCUGCUCUGAUCCAAAGCCACCUAAUUUCCCUUCCGUGAGAUAUGUAUCCUUUUCUCCCUGUGAGCUCCCAACAAGGUUCCUCCUUUCUCCUUUUCGGGCUGAUUUGAUUUCACACACACCUGCAUGUGUCCUUGCACUAAGGCACAGGUGAGAAACCUCUUUCUCUGUUGUCCCAGGGAUAUAAUUUAACAAGGAGAAUAGAUGUGACCCGCUGCUGGUGAAUCCAGCCACCUGUUUAAUAUACAUGGUGCCCUCGGGGGCCCCAUUCCCAGUUCAGAAUAACCAAAGUUGGUAAACCAUAGCUGUGUCCAUAAACGAAGAGAAUGAGUUCACCCAGGACAGCCAGCUGGGAAAACUGAUGCUGGUGUAAAUAAUACAUGACCAGUCUCGUCCUUUAUGCAGAAAUUCAUUGCUUGUAGCUCAGAGACCCACUAUAAUUCCAUAUCUCUUUCUGCCAGCUGUACCCCAGCCUUUUGCCUCUGGGCAUGAAAUCACCCCUCUUCUGGUACUGGCACCAGGGCCAUCAGUCUGAGACCCAGAACCAGGGAGGAAGCCCAGGACAACAGAGAUGGGGAAAUAAAAGGCAAAUGGGAGAAUCUCUCAGCUGUAUUUCCCAGCAGCAUCCUUCAUAGAGGGUCAUUUAUCUUAGUUAGAAAGCGCCAGAAGUGAGGGCAUGGAGUCAAAGGGUGACAUCUGGAGAUAGCAAGGAUUGGGGAAGCUGAGGCAAGAGGCUCAGGAAUACAGUGGGAUGGCCAGUCAGCCUUCAUACGCACUUACUGUGUGCUGCUGGGUGCUGUACUGAGUGCAGGUGAUAGGAGCUGAGAAGUCUCUCAGCCAAUCAGGAGUCGCAUCUCUGCGGGUAAGCAGCAUAGGAUGUGUCCUUUAGGACAGUGGUGUCAAACUCUGAUAGAAAUGGAUCCCUUCAGAAAACCUGAAAUUAACAUCGAUGUUGCAUUUUUGUUAAUUUUGCUAAACAUUUCCCAAUUAUUUUUUAAUCUGGUUGAGGCUAUACUUUGACACCUCUGCUUUAGGGGGCUGUCAACUCACCUGAGGUGGAGAGAAAAUGAUUAAAUCAACAUAAUCCCUGAAUUCCAGGAACUUUUCCACUUGGAGAGGGUUACUAUCAUGUACAAUAUGCAGAUAAGUGCCUUCAUGGUUGAUAUCACCAACUUUAAAUAUAAAAUAUAAAGUAAUUUUAGGAGGGGGUGGCUGGAUGGUAUCAUAUACUACUUCUCAAACUUUGGCCUCAAAACCCCUUUAUAGUCUUAAAAAUUACUGAGGACACCAAAGGUGUUUUUUUUUUUUAAUGUGGGCUAGAUUUAUCAACAUUUACCAUAUUAGAAAUUAAAACCAAAUUUAAAAAAUAUUUAUUCAUUUUAAAAUAAUAACCAGCCCAUUACAUGUUAUUAUUAGCAACAUUUUCAUGAAAAAAAAAGUUUUCCAAAACAAAAAAGAUUUAAUGAGAAUAUCAUUACAUAUUUUUGUAAGUUCUGGCUUAAUAAAGACAGCCGGAUUUUCCUAUCUGCUUCUGCAUUCAUGUUAUGUUGGUUUAUGUUGUUUUGGAGAAAAUCAUGCCUCAUACAGUUAUAUAGUGGAAAAAGGGUGAAGUGUUUCAAUAGACAAAUAAUAUCUUAGUAUUAUGAAAAUAGUUUUAACUUCCCAGAUCCCCAAAUGGGCAUAAGACCACCUCCAGGAGUCUUCAGACCAACCCUUGGAGAGUCUUCCAUGUGUAAUAGAUAGAAUAAUGUUAAUUUGGAGUCGGUCAAUACUGCAUAAAGGGUGGGGCCUGGAGGCAGGAAGACUCCUCUUUCUGAGUUCAAAUAAUGGCUUCAGACACUUACUAGCUGUGUGAGCCUGGGCAAGUCACUUCACCCUUUUGGCCUCAGUUUUCUUAUCUGUAAGAUGUAAGAAGAAGGAAAUGGCAAUCCACAUCAGUAUCUCUGCCAAGAAAACAUCAAAGGGGGUCUCAGAGAAUGAGAUAGGGCUGAAUGACAACAAAAAUAUUUGAAUCCUGCCUGAGAUGCUAUCUGUGUGACCCUCAGCAAUUCCUUUGCCCUCAGUUUCCUUCUUUGUAAAAUGGGGAUCAUGAUUAUGCCUUCCUCUAGGGUUAUCAUGCGGAUCGAACGAGUUUUAAAAUAUGCCAAGUGCUUUGUAAACCAUAAGGUGCUAUGCACAUGGCAACUAUUCUUCUAAGGGAGGAAAGUGAGGAGGCAGGGAAAUUCAGACAGAGGGGACAGUUGCCUGUGCAAGCAAUGAAAUACCGGUCUUAGGAACAGACAGAUACAGGUUUGUCCAGAACUUGGCAAGCAGGAAGGGGAAGAAGGUCAGAAAAGAUGAUCUGGACGACCCUACGACUCAGUGCCCCAUUUAGCUGCGCAUCUGGGCCAAGAUAAUAAAAGGGUAUCUAGUUUGUCCUGGAGGGGCAGUAGGGGCAAACACGGUCCCAGGCAAGGUGGCAGCAGAGGCUGAAGUCAAAGUCCCGGGUCUGUCCUUGGAUGAUGCACAGAGAUCUUGGGGGUAAGACAGCCUCUGACUCAGAGAUAAGAGCCGUGAGUAGCGGAACAGGAUAGCCUGGGAUCUUUAAGUGUCUUAUUUAAGGGUCAUGUAUCACUCCCCCUCCCCUAUAACAACCAAGAGUACAUGCUAGCCUCUUCUCAGUAUGACUCCCUGAUAAAAGGUUCUGGGACAGAGAUUCCAUUUGAUCAGCGUUUCCCAAAGGUUGGAAGGAUGGUUGAAAUCAAGAGUGGAAAACCCUUGGAAGGAAAAUAUUAUAUGGGAUGGUCCCAUAUUACAUGAACUACACCUCUCUCCUUCUGGCCAAAGGAGAAGCCCCCCCUUUCCCCCCUUUUUAAAAAAAAUUCCAGAAUCCUGAGACCCCUUUGGUUUCCCCUUAGGUUAUUUUUGGAGGUGAUGAUUUUCAUUUCUGACUUGAUUUCUGUCAGAAGAACUAGGAUGGGCCAGCAAAAGGACUAGAAAUUGAUCUAAUCUACUCAUUUUACAGAGACAAACUGAGGACCAAUGUCACACAAGGAUCAAGUAACAGCCCUCAGAGUUAAUCUCAGGCGCACUAGCUGCUUCUCUCCAACUCCCUAGAUAGUGAAAUCUCCAUUUAGCUCCUCUUAUUUUUCCCUCUUCUUUCUUUUUUAAAGAAUGUUUUGGGUUUUUUUUUUUGGUGGGGCAAUGAGGGUUAAGUGAUUGAUUUGCCCAGGGUCACACAGCUAGUGUCAAG